GAUCUAACGGCCCGCAUUAGAAGAAGAAGCGUUUGCUACUGUGUACUCGAGCCCUACGCAUCGGAAUGGAAGUUUAUGCUGCUAGUAGCAGGAAAUCGUGCAUCAUCUCCGGUUCUUUUUAAUUUAUCGUUCCACUCGUAGUUUUGUAAGCACUUGUCAGAGGGAAAUUUUAUCUUUCGUUCUCAAAGCGCACUCCUUGUGAUUUAGUUGGUUUAGGUUCAGUUGCUAGAAUCAAAUGGGAUCUCGGGCAUCUUGUUUCUACUGCUUCAUUCAAAACGCAAUCUUUGUCGUGUCUUCCGCUUCAAGUUGUGUUCUUUCUUGUUUUCCCGAUCGUCCAAACUUCUCUUGUUGUUUGCUUUUGCGAUUACUUCUUUUUUAUUUUGAAGUGUAGAUUUGGGUUCAUUUAUAAUUCUUCUUGGAAUAUCCGUAAUCUCCUGGUAUAGCAAAGAUAGCAACCUUCUUCUUGUUCUUUUCGCCCUCAUUAAGAUUGUUGCUGUUGUUUGCUAAGCGUUUGUUGCAAUUACUCGCCUAAUAGAUAUCGACUUAUGCGAUGAACACGGAGAUUAUUGCUUCAUUGAUUUUCUAGCAAUUUGAAUUUCUUAAAAAAUAAGGGGACUUAUCAUAUUGCUAAGAGGGUCAUUUAGUAUUCUGGCCGCCACCAGGAUGGUGAAAUAUCAUCUUUGAUUAUUUAUACCAACCUUAGAUUGGUUUUAGUGUUUGCUUCCUGUUUCUCAGUUGCGUCUGGCGAAGAAUCAUCACUUACAACUUCCCUCAGAUGUCUUUUUAAGCUCUGGAAAUGGCAGAUGGCAAGCUAGCAACUCGAACUGUCUCAUAUGUCAUACUCGAUUUGGAUGGCACACUUUUGAAUACAGAUGGCAUCGUAAAUGAAGUACUGAAAGUAUUUCUGUUACAAUAUGGCAAGAAAUGGGACAGCAAGAAAGCUCACCGAAUAGUAGGAAUGACACCCUUGGAGGCUGUAUCUUUAGUUGUCAAAGAUUAUGAGCUCCCUUGCACAAUAGAAGAAUUUAUAUCUGCAAUUACUCCAAUGUUUUUGGACCAAUGGUGCAAUAUUAAAGCUCUGGCGGGUGCUACUCGCCUGAUUAAACAUAUGAGGAAUCAUGAGGUUCCAAUGGCCUUGGCAUCCAAUUCUCCAAAAUCCAACAUCAAGGAAAAGAUUUCUUUCCACCAAGGAUGGAAAGAAUCAUUUUCUGUUAUUAUUGGUGGUGAUGAAGUAGCCAUGGGAAAGCCUUCUCCAGAAAUAUUUGUUGAAGCUGCUAAAAGGAUGAAUGCUGAUCCAUCUAACUGUCUAGUACUUGAAGAUUCGUUGCCCGGUGUUAUGGCUGGCAAAGCAGCAGGAAUGGUAGUGAUCGCUGUGCCAUCUAUUCCAAAACAAGGUGACCUUUACAGUUCAGCUGAUGAGGUGAUCAAUUCUCUGCUUGAUCUGCAUCCUGAAAUGUGGGGCUUACCUCCUUUUGAUGAUUGGAUCGAAGAUACUUUACCAAUUGAGCCAUGCUACUUUGGGGGACCUGUUAUCAGGGGAUUUGGACGAGGCUUAAAGAUUCUAGGAAUACCGACAGCAAAUUUAUCGGCAGAGAACUUUUCCGCAAUGCUAUCUGAGCACAAUUCAGGUGUGUACUUUGGCUGGGCUGGAUUGUCGACACGGGGUAUCUACAAAAUGGUCAUGAGCAUUGGUUGGAAUCCUUACUUUGACAACACCGAAAAGACUAUAGAACCUUGGUUGCUUCACGACUUCGAUGAGAACUUUUACGGAGAGGAGCUACGCCUUGCUGUGGUGGGCUAUAUUAGACCAGAGGCCAACUUUCCGUCACUCGAGAGCUUGAUAGCCAGAAUUCACGAGGACAGAAGAAUUGUAGAGAAAGCCUUAGACCUUCCUAUAUAUGUUGGUUAUAAGGAAUCACCAUUCUUGAGAACUCCUUGCAACUGAUAACUGGCUAAAUUGGCACUCAGAAACAACUGGUGUUUACGAGAGGUUGGCUUGCCAACUUUCUUGACCUAAUUCAUGAACUUUAUGAUUGAUGUUUAAGCUAACUCUUGUUAGACAUUAUCUGGAUUAUGAAUUUAGUUAACCAGGUUG